CUUGGCAACAAACGAUAAUUUGAAUUCAAGCACCUCACUCGAGCAACUUCACUCUACUAGCUAGCUACUAUUAAUAGCUACGGUAGCCAGAGAGCUCCAAAGAGAAGACAAGAGACGAUCUUUUGAAGCGCAUAAUUUUGUUCCUUGGAGAAAGAUCGAGAGAUCAUCAACCCACCCAAGCUGACAACUUUCCAAUUUUUGUUGGUUUAAAAUAAAUUAACCAUGAAGCUGACCGUCGCCUUUUUUGUUGGGUUGGUUCCAGCUGCCGCCGUCGCUAGUGGUGUUCGAGGACCACCAGAGGAAGUUCUUGAGAAUCGGGAGCUCCAAGGCUGCAACCUUUUAGCGCCAGACGUAUUCUGCCAGGACGAAGGAGGAAACGGUGCCGUAGCCCGCGAGAACCUACCCUGCUACAACGACUUUCGGCAGCAUUGCGAGUGCAAUACACCAUUCUACCAAUUGAGCCUUGAUGGCGAGGAGUGUGAGUUUUGCAACUGGAAUACCGAAGACCAAUUCUGCCGGGACGAGGGGGGCCCAGGAGCCUUUGCCGACCGUAGAUUGAAUUGUUGGUAUGACUUUGCAGAUCACUGCCUCUGCGGCGAUGACUACCGCAAAACUAACGAUGAAUGCGAGGACUGUAACUUGAGGCGGAUGAAUGAGUUUUGCCAAGAAUUCUCCAGUGUCGCUCUUGCUCAUGAGGGACGGGAUUGUUAUGACGACUUUGAAGAGGAUUGUUACUGUCCUGGGUCCCAUCGCCAAGACAGGGAUGGCUGCGAACAGUGCAACCGAGACCAACCCUCUGCUUGGUGUCGUCGAGUUGGUGGGAAUCGCGCCUUUCACAGGACUGACAGGGACUGUUGGAAUGACUUUGACGAUGAUUGUCAAUGCGAAUUUGGGUUUCGGGUCAACAAUGGGCGUUGCGAGGAUUGCAAUAUCAACAAUCGCGAUGAAUGGUGCCGUCGAUUCCAUCCUGAUGCCGUGGCCAUCCCUGACCGGAGCUGCUAUGAUGACUUUGAAGAUGAUUGCCAGUGCCCUGAGGGAUUCAUUGCAGAUGACGACACCUGUGUUGUGGACUGCCACGAUGAAGAUCCUGAUGAAUUUUGCCGUGAAAUAGGUGGUGCUGGGGCAUUUGCUGAUGAAACCCUAGACUGCUGGACAGACUUCUCGCAGCACUGCCAAUGCUUUGCUAAUUUCGUCAUGCAAACCAACCCAGACCGAUGCGAGAGGAAUCCAAGUUCGAGUCGUGGCGACUCUAGUGUUCUCAAAUUUGUUUUUAAUGAUGGUCUUCCUGCCAGCGCGCUCCCCUUGAUGCGUUGCGAGGGUGAUUGCGACGACGAUGACGAUUGUGCAGGUGAUAUGGAAUGUUGGAUGAGGGAUUCCUUUGAACCAGUACCGGGCUGUCUUGACGGCGAGCUGGAACCCAUGGACUAUGACUAUUGCAUCGGUGCCACCGAUGCCCCCACGACCUCACCAACGGGCAUGCCCACAACGCUGGCGCCCACCUUGGGAUCACCAAGGCCCACAGUCCGGCCUACGCCCAUGCCGACUCCAACACCUGAUCCAACAUCGGCGCCUCCAACGCCCAGACCCACCGAGAUGACCAUGCUCAGGCCAACAAAUGCAGUCCCGCAGCCUCCUCUCUUCGUUGUCCCCAUGCCUCCCACCGGCAGCGGUGUCACCAUGUACGACGUCCGGUAUGCCGGGCGAUUCCAAAAGGUGCAAGAGCCAGGAUGCACAUUCCCGUCACCAGGGAUCACUGUGGGCUGUGCUGGCUCCAUGGGUAUGGUUUCUACCUCUGAUCCUUCCAUUGUUUGUGAGCAACCCACUGUCAAUGCCGACGGAUCGUCUCAAGUGGUCUGUAACAAUACAUGUGUUGGGGAGGCCUGCGAAGACAUCUUCCUGGGUAGCACUUUCAAUGGGGACUUCGGGGACCUACGCCUAUUUGGCGAAGUCUACUUCCAAUGCAUGGGACCUGCCGUGCUGGAUGCGACUGGGUGGAUUAGUGUGGAGUCUGUUGGUCAGGGAUCCUGCGAGGCUGGUGCCCAGAUCGAUUCCGGCAUUGGAGCUGCAUUCCUUACUGCUCAACUGGGCGCCUAUGGAAUGAUGGUGGACAACUAUGUUUUCGAUGAUGGCCUCUUCGAAUGCAACACCGAGAGUUUGUCUGUGAAUCUGGGUGGGGUCUACUCGUGCACUUUCGGAAAUGCUUGCUUCAAUGAUGCCUGCUUGUUCAAUAUGGAGCCCCUGAAUGUCACGGCUGACAUCCACCGCUUCCCAAGCCAGUUCAUUCGCUCGAACGACCGUAGCGCCAUCCCAGCCGUACCUGACCCCAUGAGCGGCGUGUCCAUCACUGGUUCCCGCACAGCUUUGUUCCAAGUGAAUUCAGGCUUCUACUAUGAUGAAACUGCUUGCUCUGGAAACAUCAAUGGACUGAGGAUGACUUGCCUGGAUGGAACUAUUGCUCUGGUCGAGAACCAAAGCAACAUGGCAUGCUCGGUACAAGGCACAAAUAGUAUCCAGUGCGAUGAAGUUGCGACUGCCGUUAGCCCAAGAAAUGAAUACACCCGUAUUCUUCGCUACGAAUGUACUGCCAUGGAUCAAGUGCCUCAAACAACCGUCGAGAACACUGGCUCGUUUAUUGAGUGUACAUCCCCUGAAGAUCAGGAAGUGUCCUUGGAGUUGCAGGUGGGAGCUGUUUGCAUGAUGGGAAACAUUUUGUAUGAUGACUUCUUCUAUGAAUGUGGUGAAAAUAGUGCCUUGAUCAGCAGAGUUGGGGAGUUCACGUGUGGAAUUGGUGGUGCUGUCCCCGCAAAUGCUGGGCAAGUUGCCUUUGCUGUUGCGAGUGUUGAGACCGAUUUCCGCUGGGGGACCAUGGGGUCAGAAAUGUGCCUGACUGAGCCUUCGGGAUCCACCCCUGGCAUCGCUGGCUUGUUGACUUCAUCAAUCUCCUCCAGCACUCUCAUCACCAAGAACGCGCCGAUUGCCAGCAGCAAGUCCGGAAGCAACCCUGAUAACGGCAUGUUCUAAAGUCGCGACCGGCCUUCCGCUGCUUCGUCUCUCUCGCGUUCUUGAAAGCCGUCGUUGCAACCCCUCUGAAUGGCGUUGCGGCCCCUGACCUUGCGAAAAGCGUUGCAUCAUAUAAGUCCUCGUGGUGCUGUGCUCCCUGGUGGGCGCGUCGCGUUGCAUGUUAUUUACAUUUUGGCACCAAACAAUCAAUUUUUAGUUUGUCCUUGCUCCGAGAGCCGGCAGUCAGGCAGGGUUUCCGAGAAAAUACCAAACACUGACUGAAAGCCAACCAGCUAGCCAGGGCAUUUUAAUUUUUAAAUUCAAAAGUAUGAAACUAGUAGCCUU